AUGGUCGCGACGUCGCCUCUCGAUGACUUUGGCUCCGAGACCCGAUCACGAGCAAUAAAACAUGUCACCCGGGCUUGCAAUAGUUGUCAGAAACGCAAAACCAAAUGUGACGGAUUGAAGCCGCAUUGUUCUGUGUGUACGCUUUACAAACGGGAUUGCACCUAUUCACAACAGAUCGACAAGCGGAGAAUGGCAUCGAAAGGAAAAAUCUCGACAUUGGUGGCAUACGUACAAGAUCUCGAGUCUCUGCUCCUACGUCACCGUAUUGAAUUUCCACCCAGCCGGCCGGGGAACUUCUUGCCUCCGUUGCCUACGCCUUCUCCUUCUGCCGCCGACCCCGAAUUCGAAACGAGCGAGACAGUCCAAGGGGUGACUGGGGGCACGGCCCCUACAGUCGAGCCACCUGUGUCCACUGUGUCAAACGACAGUCCAGAGAAUAUCCAAGAGCAUUUAUCCAUCUCCGGAGAAUCGUCAUACCAUACCAAUCACAUAUCUGACCGCAUGGGAUCAUUGCAGAUUGCAGAAGAUGGGCAGCUGCGAUUUUUUGGGCCAACUUCAAAUCUUCAUAUAUCACACGUUGGUCCAUUUCCACUUUUCAACUCGAACAUUCGCUUAGUUCACUGGAAUGAGCCUCUUAUUCUUACGGCAGCUGGAGUCAAUGACCAUGUCGAUGAAGAGCUGGAGGAACAUCUGACCAAAUUAUACUUCGCUUGGGAAAAUCCAAAUAUUCCGUUGGUUGAUGAGAGGGCGUAUUACCACGGCAAGAAUUGCUAUCGAAACCUCAAUCAACCAAAUCAUCGAUAUUCCGAGGUUUUGAACAAUGCUAUAUGUGCAGUUGGGGCCACACUGACUUCUCGAUAUUGCCCUAAUCUACCAGAAUCUCUUGUUGACUUCUUUGCGACAAGGUCCAAGGCCCUCUUAGAAGUUGAAAUGGACUCGCCGACUCUAAGCACCGUCCAAUCUCUUGGUAUCCUAAGUGGCGUAGAGGCCCUUCUCACCAGAGAUGCUCGUGGCUGGCUGUAUAGCGGAAUGGCGAUGCGGCUUGCCACAGACCUUGGCCUCCAUAUUGAUGCUGCCCCUUUCGCCGAACGUGGCUUGAUAGAUCUCGAAGAAGCUCGCCUUCGCAGCUCUACAUUCUGGGGCACUUACGCCCACGAAAGGAUGUGGAGUUUAUAUGUCGGAAGACCUGAAUCCAUUGACCACUUAGACAUUACUGUGCCACUUACUUUCCCAAUUGCUUCUCGACCUAGUGUGAACGAUAUUUGGCGCCCAUAUAUUGACCAAAACCAACAAGCUAACAAUUGGGAAUCCCCAGCAUUGCUUCAUGAAGUGGCUCAUGGGACAGUCACACUUUGCACCAAAAUGGCUUCAAUACGCAAAGUCCUUUACAGUAUCCCCCGAGGGACCAAGCCCGAUAUCAAGAAGCUCUAUGCUUUUGCAGCGAAAGCUAGAGACGAGCUUUCUUUAUGGGUGUCUGGAUUAUCAGAAAGCGUCUCUGUGGACAUGACAAAUCUGGGUCCCAUUCACCUUCCUCAUGUCCUACAGCUUCAUAUGCAAUUUCAUGCUGUUCGAAUUAUUGUAGACCAGCCCUUCGCCUUCCAGCAACCUGGCUUAGGAGGCUUGACAGAGGAAAAUAUAACCCACAGUCAGGAAUGCUGCCAUGAUGCUGCUCUUUCUAUUACCAAACUUCUCCAGACCAUUCGUCGCCAUUUUUCGCUACGCCGAGUUAAUAUCCAAACCGUCCAUCUUAUAUUCACGGCAAUGCUGGUACACACUCAAAGCGCCUUCCUAUCCCCCGACUUCCAGAUGCGUGACACGGCACGAAGGCAACUUGAAAUCUGUUCGCAGGCCCUCGGUGAGAUUGGCCAAGCUUAUAAGAAUGCACUCCGAGCCUUGGAAGUGAUCACUUCUGUUAAAUCCGAACUGCUCCGCCGUGAACGAAGGGACUCCAGUAGUGCCCUCAACAUUAUCGGUCAAAGUUCUUUGAGCUCGACGAUCCCGUUAGGCCAGAUACCAUCGGGGUUUUUCGGUGUAGAAACGGGGGCACCACGAUCAUGGAUGGAUAAUUUUGCGAACGAUUCAUUGUUUAAUCGUGGUGAAAGUGCGCCAGGCAUUGACUUGGAUCAGUGUGCUUCUAUGGCUGACCAAAUUCCUUUUUCUGACAAUUCUUCCUGGGCGCCACAUUUUAAUUCCUCUGCUCCCCUGUGUGCUGAAGGGAAUAGCACGGCAGCUACUUCGAUGCAUUAA